UUCGUAGCGAACGCUACGCCGCUACGAGCAUCUCAGCUACGCGCCGAACUUACUUCACUUGGCGAUGACGAAAGGCAAAUGGAUUUCGGACCGUAGCUGAAGCGCCGUGGUGGCAUGCAGCACCCGCCGCGCGGCGCCCCCCACUUCCACUGCUCACCCCUCUACGGACCAACCUUGACGAUAUCCGCUCUCCCGCCCUUGCUCCUCAUUCUCAUCGUCUCUCCUGUAACGCACACGCAAAUGACGAAUACAACCGUACCUGACAAAUAUUUUCAAAAUAAUGCAAUCCAUAAAGGAAACAAUUAUACCUUAAAAAAAGACAAUGAAAGCAAUAUUACGUUCAAACACAAAAAUAAUAAUACAGCUGUAAGCGAGGAAUAUCAACUUUUAUUAGAUAGGUUCAGAAGGAAAAACGAUAAAAAUAUAACAAGCGAAGAAAUUUAUUACGAUAUUGGCAAUUUAACUGAUAAUUUAGAUGAUACGUCAACAAACAAUAAUUUUAACGUAAGCCCACAUAGAAAUUAUUUACAUUAUCAUCCAAAACACUCAUUUCAAUUACAAAAUAUAGAUUCAGUAAAUGGAAAGGAGACUGAAGACACUAGCGCUAUCGAAAAAUUAAGGAUGGAUGAUGAAACUAGAACAAAAAUAUUUCAUGAUUAUUAUUCUACGGUUAACAAAGUCAAAGCAAUUAAUGAGGAACAAAAUACAAAUGAAUCAAUUACAACGGACGUUUUGGAUUAUAAUGAAACAAUCGAUAUACUAUUUAAUGAAACUGAACUGCCGGAUACGGUAACUGAUCCGAAAAUCCGCAGGCGGUUUUCUAACGAGUCAUUAGUGUUCCCUGAUAAUCUUUCCUCUCCUCGCGUCCCGACGAGAAUGCAGACACCGCGUCCGGGAUUUGUUGAAGAAAUAUCAAAAUCCAGCUCUAACCGAAUAGUAUCAAUCCUGGGCCUAUUCGAGCUGUCAGUCGGAGUUGCGCCGCGGGUCGAGGGCGCGUCGGAGCUGGCGGCCGCACAACUAGCCGUCCAGCACGUGAACAGGCAAGGGCUGCUGCCCGGGUACAAGCUACACCUCUUCACCAACGACACCAAGUGUGACCCAGGUGUGGGCGUGGACCGGUUUUUCCACGCACUGUACACGGAACGGGACUCCAGGAUGGUCAUGUUGCUGGGCUCGGCGUGCUCCGAGGUGACCGAGAGCAUCGCCAAGAUCGUUCCCUACUGGAACAUAGUUCAGGUAUCCUUCGGCUCCACUUCCCCUGCGCUCAGCGACCGCUCUGAGUUCCCCCUGUUCUGCCGCACCGUCGCGCCCGACUCCUCGCACAACCCGGCCCGGAUCGCGUUCAUCAGACAAUUCGGCUGGGACACGGUGACGGCGUUCUCUCAGAACGAGGAGGUGUACUCGCUGGCCGUGAACGAGCUGGUGACGCAGCUGGAGGCCGCCAACAUCACCUGCGCCGAGUCGGUGACGCAGCAGUUAAAGGACUUCAAGGAGCCAUUGCAGCAGUUAAAGGAGCUGGAUACUCGAAUAAUAAUUGGCAGUUUUUCUCAAGAGAUGAUUCCUAAGAUAUUUUGCGAGGCGUUCAAGCUAGGUAUGUGGGGCGCGGAGUACGCAUGGGUGGUGGCGGGAGCGCCGCCGCGCCUGCGCGCCUCGCCGCCGUGUGCGCGCGCGCAGCUCGCCACCGCGCUGGAGGGGCUCGUCUCUGUCACCGCGCACCGGGGCAUCGUGGGCGACGCUGUGUCAUACUCCGGGCUGACCAACGAGAUGUUCCACCGAGAGAUGGCUGCCGCAGGGGUGGCCGUGUCUCCGUACGCGCCACAGACCUACGACGCCGUGUGGGCCAUCGCGCUGGCGCUCUCCAAGGCGGAGCAACUCUGGCGCAGCCUCGACAUGACGCACUACAACGGGACCCUGCUCAAGGGAGGCGCCAGGCUGGGCUUGAGCCACUUUGACUACAACAGGAAGGAUAUGGCUGAGGAGUUCCUCAAUCAAUUGGCGAAUCUUAGUUUUCUCGGAGUCUCGGGACCAGUUUCAUUUAAUGGAGCAGAUAGAAUCGGCACUUCUGCAUUUUACCAAAUUCAGGGAGGUCGUCCAAAGACCGUGGCGCUGUACACGCAAGGGCGUGCGCUGGCGUGCGUGGGGUGCGCGCGCGCGGCGUGGGGCGGCGGCGUGCCGGCCGCGCGCCGCGUGCUCGUGCUGCGCGUCGACUCCGUCUGGGCGCCUGCGCGCCUCGCCGUCGCCGCGCUCGCCGCCGCCGGCGUCGCGCUAGCCACGGCGUUUCUGCUCUUCAAUCUACACUACAGCAAGCGGAGAUCGAUAAAGCUUUCAUCGCCUCGCUUAAACAACAUGACGCUAAUCGGCUGCGUGUUGGUGUACACGGCGGUCGCCCUGCUCGGCGUCGACAACUCCAACCUGCCGCCAUACGUGUCCUUCUCCGCUAUGUGCAUUGGUAGAGUAUACAUCUUAUCAGCAGGAUUUUCCCUCGCUUUCGGCUCCAUGUUUGCAAAAACCUACAGAGUCCACAGAAUAUUUGUCAGCAACCGAAGCGGCGUGUGCAAGACGAAGCUCUUGCAAGACACUCCACUGAUAUCGCUAGUGUGUGCUCUACUCGUGCUCGAUGGCCUGCUGGUCACGCUGUGGGCCGCGCUGGACCCCAUGCAGCGCCAGCUCAAGAACCUCACGCAGGAGAUCAGCGCCAACGACCGCAGCGUCGUCUACCAGCCACAGAUAGAAGUGUGCAAGUCUCAAAACACGACUGGCUGGUUAUGCGCACUCUACGCAUACAAAGGGCUACUUCUAUUAGUGGGCGUGUACAUGGCCUGGGAAACUAGGAAUGUUAAGAUAUCUGCCCUCAACGACUCCAAGUACAUCGGCAUCAGCGUAUACUCCGUCGUCAUCACCAGCACGAGUGUGGUCGUCAUUGGGACGAUCAUUUCUGAGAGAGCAACGUUGGCCUACAUAACAAUUACGAGCCUCAUUCUUAUAACAACGACGUCGACUUUGUGCCUGCUGUUCUUGCCGAAGAUUGUGGCAAUAAGGAGUAGUAAAACUGAGGACGACCCUGUAAUCCAGAGCUUGGGGCUAAGGUUGGAAUGUAAGACGCGUCGCUUUGUCACCGACGAAACGCAAGAGCUGCACUUUCGUAUUGAAAUUCAGAACAAGGUGUACAAGCGCGAAGUGGCCGCGCUGGACAAAGAGAUCGGCCGCCUGGAGCGGCUGCUGGCGGAGCCUCUCGAGUCCGCCACCAGCUCCAACGCUUCCAUUGCACUUCACAAACGGACCGAAUUAAACACUGUAGAAGAGGAAGGCCGUUGCCGUUCAGAUCCAGACAGGAGAACACCGAGCAUCACUGGCGGCUUGCCCAUGUUGCUACUGUCCGUCUUGCCGCCGGUCAUCCCUCGCGCCAGCUGGCCCUCCGCCGAGCACUGCCGGGGGAGAAAUUCCGUCAGCUUCAGCUCACAACCUAAACUAAACUAUCGCAAAUCACAACCAGCGAUUGACCUAUACAGCCUUUGUUUAAACAAACGAGAAGAGCAUCACGGUCUGCUUAGCAGAAUAAGAAGCUUUUUCGGAGGCGGAAGUAGACCGACCAGCAGAAAAGCUUCAACAAUGUCUAUCGCCGACCCUACGGGACAGAGCAUAGCCGCCGCUCUAAAGAUGCAUGUAGGCAUGAUUGCUGGAUUAGUGCCAGGAAAUAGAAAACAUUCAAUGGUCUUGUCCUGCAACACUUUAAACGUACCUUCCUACCCAGAGUUAAAGCUAAGGCGGGAAUCUUACGCCAAAAGUGGUCCAAUCAUUCGUAUAACAGACGACGAGCCCUCCUGUUCUAAAUAUGAAAGACCUCCUCAAAAAUACAUCGCAGAACCGGAGACGAAAGUCAACUUUGUAUUACCAACAAUUCACAAAAGACCGAUGUCUCACGAGAACUCUUGUGAAAAAAUUAAAGGGUCGCCUAGAUUUCCCCAUAGAAUCUCACCUGCUGCCUCUAGUUUAACUGCCUUAAGUGGGAGAAAGACCAGCGCUGAUAGUGUGUUUAGCAUAACUGGAAAGAUCUUUGACGAUCAAAGAAGAUACAGCCAUCAGAACGUGACCAAUCAAGAGCCUAAAGGCAAAGCUGUACUAGAGAGCAGGUGGAAGUCGACGGAGGACGCCAGACCAGGUCCCUCGUCAAGGAAUUAGAUCAAUUGUGCCAAACUUGUGCCAAAAUAAUAUCAAGAUUUACUAUAUCAAGCAUGGCGAGCAAAUAUACUUAUAAUAUAUAAAGAUAUUUUUCAGUAACAAAUAUAUCAAGGCAUUGCCUGUAUAAUAUUACUUGUUGUGUAAAACAUGACUAAAGUUUAAAACAUAACUAUUUUUGACCUGCUCAAAAUAACAUUUCAUUUCACUAUCUGAUAGAUAUUAAUCUAAUAAUAUGUUAUAAAUUGUGGAUAUAAUUGACAAAGGAAUAUUGACACCAAAUAGUAGAUUAGGAUUGUGUUUAAGUAAGUAGUUACUUUUCAUUCCUGUAGAUAUUAUAGGCCUAUAUAUCAGUAUUAGAUCAGAUUAUCCUUUUCUAUAAAAUUCCUUUUAGAAAUCAGGAAUUACAGAAUGCGCACUAUAAACAGUAUUGACGUGUACUUAAUUAUUGAAAUAAAUGCCUAUAGUUUUCUAAACGAUAUUAUUUAAAAUAGUUUUUAAAUAACUAUCAAUUGUCAUAUAAAUAAUUUACAUACUAUCUUCCAUGAGAAGAACUCUAUACUAUCACUCAGUAGAUACUUAUCUAGUCUUUAGUACCUAUCUAGUUUUACCAAAUAUGUAUUUUGACAAACUGUGUUACUAAUGUAAUUAAUCUAGAUUUUUAAUACUACCUUACUGUAAAAAUGAUUUUAAAUUGAUGUACCUAAGUAGAAUACAUAUUAAGUAAAAAUAUUUUGUAAUUACUUAAAAAUGAAAUGAUAAGCAAUAUAAUUGUACUAUAAGAAACAUUAGGGUGAGAACAUAAUAAUUAAAACAGCAUAGAAGAUACUUCCAAAAGUACCUACAUUGUAAAUGAGUGAAAAAGAGUAGGGUACAGUGGGCUACAGUGGGUCACUUAUUUUAUAGAAUGAGCUUUUUCACUUCAAAUCGAGCAUUUUUUUUAACCAAGUCAAAAACACCUGCUUGAUGAUAAACAGCACUGGCGGCUGGUGAAAAUUUCUGCUAGGCAACAAUGAGCAAAAAGAAACCUACCUUAACAUUAGGUACCUACUUUACUAGUAAUCAAUUUUAGGCAAGCCGGUGGGAAUCGCUUGCAUGGACCAGCCGCUGCUGAUAAACAGUCACCCUAACCCAUGGACGCAAGAAACUACGAUGAUAUUAAUCACUUCAGAAUUAGAUUGCGUAAAAGUAACAUCUCCAAUACAUCUGACUAAUAGGUGUCCAUGAUAGUUUUAGUAUUUUAUAGCAACCAAGAUUGACUUGUGAGUAUGAGUUAUGACUGUAUAACGGCUAUUUGUAUUUCAGGGCCUAAUUACCAACAGUAUUAUUAACUGAUAAUUAUGUGAAAUAAUAUAAAUGUAAUAAGUGUUAUUUAGAAAAUGCGCGGUCACCCUGUAUGACACUGUACUGACAAAGCGUGAACUUAUUUAACCCUGCUACUUAAGAUGAUCUAAAAUAGGACGAUUUUUAAUGAUAUUAUCUAUUGUUUUACCUCUUCUUAAGUUGAUGUGUCCACACGUGUAAAAAAUACGACUAGCGCGUUAUCUCUUCGCGGAUUAGCAAAGUAAUCUUUUAGAUUUUGAUUGUUAUACAUAUUUCCUUAGUUGCAUAGUGAAAGGUUACUCACCCUAACAGUAUGUAAAGCGUGGUCCUAGGCAUCGUGUUCAACUUGUAGCUAUAAGCUCUAAAUGCCUAUUUAGUCUUUAAUAGGCUCUACAGUGUAAGAUAUGUAAUACAGUUUUGAAUAUA